GUGUGUGUGUGUGUGUGUGUGCGUUGGUUUUUGUGGCUUAUGAGGACUUUUGACCUGUUUACGUACCGACACUACGGGGACAUUUGGAAUUAUGAGGACAGGGACAGUGUCCCCAUAAUUCCUCUAAUAUAUCUAUAUAUAUCUAAGUAAGAGAAGCUAAAAUUCAAAGUUUCGGUCGAAGUCCACUUACACCACAUACCCCUGAAACUGACUUUACACAGUGUUAACUCGGAAUUUAAUAUAGCGCCCCCUUUAGUCUGGUCUUGGUAUUGCACCAACUUACACACUUACACAAAAUUUGAGCCUUCUGAUUGGCUACCGCUGACUCGCCUAAUUCGCGCUCUGAUUGGCUGCGGCCGAUGUCAUUCAUGUCACGUGUCUCGGUUUGUGGGCGGAGUUUCUCUAUGUGCAGCGCGUCAUCAUGCGGAACUCAUAAUACGUCAAUCUUUAAAAAACAGGUAUGAGAAUUAACUUUAUACACUUUAUUAAAUGUACUUUAUAUGAUUAUAUUGCAAAAUGCACGUUUACUUUAGUUUAUACAUAUUCAGAUUAAAAAAUAAAAGAUUAUGCUCAUGAGAAUGGGGUACAUGUUUAGUCUAAUGAGUAUAUCUUAAAAAUCCUGCUAGUUACCAUAAUAAUCACAGAAUUCUCUACUUUAAAAACUUGGCAAAUGUAUUUUUAAUGAAUGAGUUUAAGUGUAGGUUAUGGUUUAUGUGAAUUUGGUUUAAUUAAUAUAAACGGGAAAUAUCGGUAAAUUAGCAUGGUAGCGUUGCUAAUGAUAUUUAAUGCUAAUGUGCGACAUCGCUGAUCUUUAAAUCAUCUCUUCCGGAACACAGUGCGGGUGUAUGGUUUGUAGCUCAAAUGGUUUCGAGUGGCCUGCGUUAGCUGAACACAAGCAACAACCGGUAAACAACAAACAGCAUGGAGACUGGAGAAGUGUUUAUUUCGGUGUUAUUUUAUUAAUCCCGGAGCGAACUCUAUUAACUGUUAGUUGGCUGCAGUUGCUUAGUUUGGCUGCAUCACUUCCUGUUAGCUCGCGCCGCUGUAGUGCGUGUCGGGGGCGCGCGUCGGGGGCGCGCGAUUUAACACUAACAUUUUAUCAUGCUGCAGCUGCGGGUUUUACUCUCUCUGACCCCUGACAGUCUCUACACGCCUCGUAAAUAAGCUAGUUCGCACCUUUAAAUAACUAUAUAUAUUUAUUAUAUAUAUUUAUUAUAUAUUUAUAUAUAGUAUAUAAAUGAGAGUGGUGUGGUUUGUUUAUCAGCUGUGUGUGCUGGUGCUGCGGUGACGUCACAGCAGAGUAACAGCACAUCCCUCAGCAUCACUGAUGGAGCCCUCGCGCCCGGUGUACAGACUGUGUGAGAUGAAGCUGAGGAGGAGGAGGAGAGACAAUCCCAAACAGGAGGCUGAAUAUUUCACAUCUGCUGCCAAAGACAAGGAGGGAUUUGAUGUGAAAUAUAUAAAUUCAUUUAUAGGACGUGGAGUAUUCAGUUGUGUUCAUUUUGAUAAGGGAGAUUUUCUUUUGGAGUACAGAGGACAACUCAUAAACAAAGCUGAAUGUGAACGACGACAGAAGUUGUAUCACGAUGCCAUGAAAGUAUUCAUGUAUGAAUUCCGUUUCAAUGGAAGACUCUUAUGUGUCGAUGCUUCCAGAGAAGAUGGUUCCCUUGGGAGACUUGUCAAUGAUGACCACAUCAGCCCAAACAGCAAAAUGAAAAUAAUCACUGUAGAGGGAAAGCCUCAUCUGUGUUUAUUUGCGACUAGGAGCAUCGACCCUGGAGAAGAAAUCACAUACGACUAUGGCAAUUCUGAGUUGCCUUGGAGAAAUAAGAUUGUAGCUGAAGAACACCAACUGCCACCAGAGGAAAACAGCACUAUGGCAUUGAGUGAGGCCAGGAGGGUGAAAGACAAUCAGUCUCUGUCACAGCACCAGGCUGUUUCUGAGGCAGACCCCUUUACCCCUGUGACCGAAGAUACCCAGGCAGCCAUCAACCAAACAGAACAGAAUAUAGCUGGAGCCGUCACUGAGGUUACGUCAGAGCUGACGUCUGUGAUGGACAAGUUGGAGACUGAUGUUCCGGGUGGAGAGACAGAAAAGAAUAUAGCUGGAGCCGUCACUGAGGUUACAUCAGAGCUGACGUCUGUGAUGGACAAGUUGGAGACUGAUGUUCCAGGAGGAGAGACAGAAAAGAAUACAGCUGGAACCAUUACUGAGGUUACAACAGUGCUGACGACUAUAAAGGACAAGAUGGAGUCUGAGGUUCCAAGAAAGGAGACAGAAAAGAUUACCAUUGUGAAGGAGCAAUCUGGGCCUGAGGAAAAAGAUACAAUAGCACCAAGUGAGAAAACAGAAAAAAAUUGUAAACAUGAAAUGGUCCUCGCAACUGUUUCGAGCAUGAACAAAUGUGCAGCAUGUGUUGGACCUGUAGCAUCACUCAAAUGGAUUGGUCUGAGAUGCAAAGUCUGCAAUUGUUUUUGGCACAAGUCCUGCUUUGUAAAACUUAGAAAGAAUGAGAGCGAGUCAUUAUCAUGGGGAGUAAGUACUGGUGAGGAUGAAUCACUAUCAGAUGAAGAAUAUGUGCCAAAGUCAGAGUCAGACAGUGAAUCUGAGAGUUCAGUAGAGUUACAAGGAGAAUGCCCCUUGAAUAUGGAGAAACGAAAGGCUAUUUAUUCCCAGAUUGCCAAGUUGAAUCCUGAAGGUGCAAGCAAGGGCAAAGUGUGUGUUAAGGCCAGAGAAGAAGUUGGUUUACUUUAUGAGGAGCAGUUGACUGAUGUAGAUUAUGACAGUGAAGCGAGCUAUACACAAACCUCAGAUAAUCUUUCAAGCAAAGUUCAGGGUAAGCAAGUGUCUGAGACCUACAGAACAUCAAAAGUUGCAGUUUUAGGCAGUGCAUCAGACAGUUUAAUGCUGCCAACAACAGUCACUGGAACAUCUGCAAGCCAGCAACUGUUGGAAGUAAGAGAGGGAGCUGGUGGAAGUGAUUUACUUGGAGAUGUUGAGGAAUCAUUAAUGGCAGAGGGCAAGGCUAAAGUGGAUGGAGCUGAGGAGUGUCUUCAGUCAUCUGUAAUUUCUUGUACUGAAAAUAAGAAAAACUACUGUUAUAUUUGUGGGAAACCACAGUCAAAAAUCUCUCGUCAUCUGAAAACACAUAUGGCAGAAGGUGAAGUUGCAAAAGCACUGUCAAUGCCAAAGAACUCAAAAGAACGUAAAGUAUUGCUGCAGAACCUUAGAAACAAGGGCAACUAUCAGCAUAAUUCCGAUGUUGUACAGAAAGGAACUGGGAUGCUCAAAGUCAAACGAAGACCAACCAGAAUUUGCGAUUCCAAAGAGUUUGUGCAUUGCAUGUACUGCAAAGCGAUGUUUGUCCGUAAAGACCUAUGGCGACAUGCAAGAAGAUGUUCUUUAAAGCCAGGAGAACUAAAUGAACACCACGGUAGGGUCAGGGUUUUGGGUUUGGCAGCCUUGGCAGAGUCUACAUUCCCACACCAGAUAUCGCCUGGGGUUUGGAAGCUUUUAAGUGCAAUGAAAGAAGAUGACGUUGCCUCUGUAGUACGCAAUGACUUCUGCAUUCUUCAGCUAGCACAGUCUUUCUUCAAUAAACAUGGAAAUGACUCUACCAAAUAUGAAUAUAUUCGACAAAAGCUUCGUGAAAUUGGAAGAUUUUUGUUAACUCUACGCAGCAAUUCUCACAUACACAGCCUUGAGGAAGCUGUAAAACCUGCCAACUUUCCAAGUGUUGUUCAAGCUGUCAAAACAGUGUCUGGCUAUGAUGAAGAAAUGAACUGCUACCAAACUCCUAGCCUAGCAUUAAAACUGGGGCACACCUUACAAAAGGUAUGUGCGAUCAUCCAUUGUAGAGCUUUAAUGGCAGAGGAUGAAGAGCAAAUCAAGUCAACUGAAACAUUCAAAAAACUGUAUACCAGCAAGUGGUCAGAGCUCAUCUCCCACAAUGCUUUAAACUCACUGAGUGAAGCAAAAUUUAACAAGCCAUUAACGCUGCCAUUUACCCAUGAUGUUCAGCUGCUUCAUAAACACCUGGAAACAAUUGCAGAUGCAUCAUCCGAAAACUUGAAGAAGGCACCAUCGCCACAAAUCUAUGCAGAACUUGCUAAAACCACACUUGCAAGAAUAAUUCUUUUUAAUCGAAGACGUGCUGGGGAAGUCUCCAAAAUGCAGACAAAAAGCUUCCAAGAAAGAGAUAACACGCAUCUUCAUGAAGAUGUUGCAGUGGGCCUUUCUAAAUUUGAACAGAAACUUUGCAGCCACUUCAGCAGGGUUGAGAUCAGGGGUAAAAGGGGGAGGAAAGUCGCUGUGCUUCUUACACCAAACAUGGUGGAUGCACUCACACUUUUGGUCAGUAAAAGAAAGGAAUGUGGGGUACUGGAUUCCAAUUCCUUCUUGUUUGCCAGACCCAACUGCCAAAGCCCUUACAGGGGCCAGGACUGCCUGAGACUCUAUGCAUCUCACUGUGGUGCUCAAAAUCCAGAACAUCUUAGGUCAACACAUUUGCGUAAACAUGUGGCCACUCUCUCACAAAUUCUUAACCUAAAAAACAAUGAAUUGGAUCAAGUUGCAGACUUCUUGGGACAUGACAUCCGUGUACAUCGUGAAUACUACAGGCUCCCAGAAGCAACAACUCAGCUAGCUAAAAUAUCAAAACUCCUACUGGCCAUGGAAAAAGGGGUUCUUCCUGAACUUCAAGGCAAAUCACUUGAUGACAUUGAAAUUGAAGAUCAUAUCAACAUUGAUGGCAGUGAUGGAAGUGAAUCUGAGAAUGGCACUGAAAGUGAGAAUAUGGAUGUGUCUAUGAGUGCACCAGUGCAGAUUGCGAUGCAGAAGGAUCACCCACCAAAAGAAGCCAAAGCUGGAUGUUCUGCAGUGGUGCAGGACAAUACUGUAGCAGAGACUGAACGCACUAGAAAGAGGUCUAGAAAGACGGUACGAACACAGUGGUCUAAACGUGAGGUCAUGGCUGUCAUGAAACACUUCAAGUCUCAUAUAACCACAGGAAAACUGGCCACAAUGGCAGAGUGUCUGCAGUGCAAGGCUGCUGAGGAUCCUGUGCUGGCAGGCCGUACAGCACAAAAUAUACGAGAUUUUGUUCGAAACAGGGGAAUAACUUUUAAAAGGAAAUCCCAAUGUAAUUGAAAAUCGUGAUGGGAUGCUACAUAAAGGUUCCUCUGAAAGUAACAGAAAGCAAGCUCAGUUAGUCUGUUUUUGCUAUAUGCUGAAGAUGUUUGGGUUUGAGGUCAAAAGAUGAAUAUGAGAUGAUGGUUUAGAAUUUCAGCUUUCAUUUCCUGAUUUUUAUAUCUGUGUUACACAGCUUAAAACAUGGCACCUUUGGUAUAGGCACAAAUUCUCUUAAAGUAAAUUAAACAACACUUAAUAUUUGGUUCAUAUCCCUUGCUUGCAAUAACUGUAUCAAGCCAGCAUACAUACAUCCCAUAUACAUCGCUCAAAACAAGAGUAGCUGUUCAUAGCUACUAAUUCUUUAAACAAUCAAUUUAACAGGAUACACCUGGGCAACAAGAAACACCAGUCACAUGUUCCAACAUACUUCAUCACUUGAAAAUAAAAUGUUUAAAAAAUGUAAAUAUCAGGAAAAAAAGCUAAAAUUCUGAGCUAUCGUUUUAUAUUCGUCAUUUGAUCUUAAACCCAGAUGUCUAGGUAUAGGAAAAACAAUAUAAUUGAACUUGCUUUUCAGAGGGGACUGUAUUUAACAGAGUUAAAAAUUAUGUUAACAGUUAACAGUUAUGUUUUUUAAGUGCUCAGUUGUAGUAUCCCUAACCUGAGUUGCUUAAUGUUCUGUAAUUGUUGUAUAGAAGGACUUGUUCUGUUAAGUCACAGAUGACCCGGUAAAUCACCAUGCGGUCAUGUUUGUGUUUGUGUUAAGUCGAGUACCAAUAAAACAUGCCUGUCCUUCUAAUACAGUGUAAAGUCUUUUUUUGUGUAUUGUUAAACUGAUGUCCCGAUAAAGCGGUGUGACCUUAUAAGUACCAAUUCUGUCGGAGGCGGGAGCUUCUCAGACGGUCCUUAUAUGCAACCAUAAUGUCAGGUCUUGUGUUUAAGAGUUUAAUUUUGCGUAGAAGAAAUCUGAAGUGAAAUUUGUCUUGCUAAAAAAAAACCAAAUUUUUUGAUGUUUACGGCAUUGCUGUAGCACAAAGGGAAAGGUGGGUCCCCUUAAACCACGUUUCAACUGGUUUGGCCGGCAAAGUCCUCGUAAGACUUAAAAACCAGUAUGUGUGUGUGUGUGUGUGUGUGUGUGUGUGUGAAUAAUACAUGACUCUGCUGACACCUUCUGGCAAAUUGCACUCAAUGUGUUCUUACCUCUUGAAAAAGAAGCACACAAAACACAAAACUGUGAUAAGCAAAGAAUCAAACAGAUAGAGACAGACAGAAUGACUGAAAACAUUAAAACAAUAACUUUAACUUAAAGAGAGACAAGAAAGAGAGGCUGGUGAGGGAACGACUGUUUAUAGCUGCUAUAACGUAAGUGAGAACAGGAACUCACUUGUUUCCACAGACAUUCAUAAACAUUAAACGUAACUAUUAAUGGAUAAAAUGUAUGACGUGUUUCUCUUUAAUAAAUAAAAAAGUGUAAAUGUUGGCAUAUUGUUGUGGACUAAAACAGUUUAUUGGAAAAUAAUCAGCUUUGGG